AUGGCUGUCGUCGAGAACCGUGGACCCCAGCUUCUGGUUGUCUGCAUAACACUGUUGACUAUUGCUAUUGUGUCCAUGGUUUUGAGGUGUUUUACUAGGGUUUUUAUUGUGAAGGGUUUCGGAAGAGAUGACUAUUUGAUGGUUUUUGCUGCUAUUUCGAUGACACUUUUCUGUACCUGUGCGAUUACCGGCGUUCACUAUGGAACGGGGCGACACCAUAAGGAUCUUACUACACCUAAUAUUGAAGAAGCAAUGAAGUAUUGGUGGCUUUGCUACAUCUGGUACUGUGUCACGAUGAUAUCCUCAAAACUUUCUAUCGGUGUUUUCCUCCUCCGAAUCACGGUCUCGAAAUUACAUCACUACAUUCUUUACAUACUUAUGUUCUUAUCGGUUGUCACCGGAUUAGUUUUCUUCUUCGUUACACUCUUUCAAUGUUACCCAGUCACGUACUUCUGGUACAAGGAGCAAGACGGAACAUGCAUCGAUUCUGGCAUCAUCGCCGCCCUCACAUACCUGUACAGCGCUAUUAGUGUGAUAGUCGACUUCACGUUCGCACUACUCCCCUUACAUAUCAUCCGUGGACUUCAAAUGCAUAAGAGAACCAAGCUCGCACUCAUUCCUAUCCUGGGCAUGGGAUGUAUUGCGAGUAUCGCUGUUGUCGUUCGAUUUGCCUUCAUCGAAAAGUUCAAGGACCCAGACUUUCUUUGGGCUACUGUGGACAUUGCUAUCUGGUCUACAACAGAACAAGGGCUUGCUAUCACAGCCGGUAGCCUUGCCUCUCUCCAGCCUCUCGCCAAGCGCAUGGGUCAGAGGCUUGGAAUAUGGCAGACACAGCAGACGCGUUCCAAGGGAUCGAAGGACAUGCUUCCAAAGACGAUCGGAAGUUUGGACCAAUCAAAGAGGCACAAGAAGCUCGGUUCUAGAUCCGCCAACGAUACUUUCGGCAUGACCACAUUCGACAACAACGAUUGGAAUGACCGUGACGAGGGCCGUCGAGAGGGCGUGGAUAGCUAUCCGAUGAAAAACCAAAUCAUGCUCACAAGAGACGUCACUGUUACUACAAAACGGGGAAGCAUGUGGACAGUUUCUGAGAAGAAGGGAAAUGAAAGCGAAGAGGAGUUGACACAGAAGUCGUCUAAAGACGCAUAUAUUGAGGAGCUAGCUGUACCCAGAAGUUUCCUUUUCGACGACCACCAGGCAAAGAAGGCAUAG